GUGGUCUGAUUGACACCAGCGACUUGGGAGGGAUUUUUGUUUGUUACAUUACAUAAACUUCAAAAUGGAUGAUGGUCUCCAUGUUGUGGUUCGAACCAGCAGUGCGUCUGGUCCACAAAACCCACAGGCAGGUCCUGGCGGGCCUCCGUCAGGAGGACCAGGUGGUCCCCCCAGGGAGCAGAGCAAGAGGCUACAACAGACCCAGGCUCAGGUGGAUGAGGUGGUGGAUAUUAUGAGAGUGAAUGUGGACAAAGUGCUGGAGAGGGAUCAAAAAAUCUCAGAGUUGGACGACCGGGCAGAUGCACUUCAAGCAGGUGCCUCACAAUUUGAAGCCAGUGCUGGUAAACUCAAACGAAAAUACUGGUGGAAGAACUGCAAGAUGUGGGCUAUUCUUAUUGCUGUGAUUCUUGUUAUAAUUAUUAUUAUUGUUGUCUGGGUAGCAACAACGUAUGGUUAACAAGUCUGUUGUGGGCGGUGACAGCAAACCAAAAGGAUGAUGGGCAGAAGUAGUGGUCUACUCCCGACCAAGAACAGUGGAUAUCAUAUACCAUGUUAAAUAGCACUCGUUUAGACAUCUAGGGAAGGGAUGGAGGGUGUGACGUAGGGGGUCAUGUUGAUAUAAUUUCCUUCAGUACAAUCAUAAUUUCACCAGAAGUUACAGGUACAUUUAGUUUGAGGAGGAGAAGAACUUGCAUCGCAUGCAGGCUCAUUUGGGUAAUGAUAAGCACACAGUCUCUCCACCUAACUGGACUUUACUUGUUCUUCGAAAAUUUCCUUUCAUCAAUUUACGUCUGUAUAUUUUGGUUUCUUCGGAUGACAUUAAAGCUGUCACAAAUUACUCUAGGAUCAUUAAACAGUCCAUGUUCAUGAUAGUGUUUUAAGUCACAGAAGUGUUCGGGAUAAUUAAUGAGCGUGUACCUUUUUGUUUUACGUGCUAGCAUUUAUGUGCAAUGAUAAAAUGCAGCAUGGCGUAUCUGUGUACAGUUGUUAUUUGUAAAUAUUUAAAUAUAUAAUAUACAUGUAACAUGUGGUCAUGUGUAGGUUAGACAUCUGUGUAACAGUCUUUUUCUCGGCAUGCUUAGAUUUUGAAUUAGGUUAUCAGUUUUGAUUACCAGCUGUUAUUUAGGCCUGUCUUGUUAAUAAAAUAAGAAUUGCAUGUAUAAAUGUAGAUGAGUGCAGUAGCCGUAGUAUUUCAAGCUCUCUUGUUCUGGAAUAAUGUCCCUCUCUAUAUAUGUUAACAUUCUAAAUGCAGUUCCUUUUUGUGGAGAUCAUUCAGGAAAAGCCCACAUCCCAAUCUUCGACAGGGUUGAUUUUUGACAAGACUUCUGAUACAUUAAAUGUGUUCUUUGGUACACUUCGCAAUUUUGUGAAUGAAAUAUUAUCAGUUAACUCAGUACACAACUGUAAACCUCAUUAAAUGUGAGGAAAUGUUUAAACAUUUAUCCAUGCCUCUAGUAAAGGUUUUGAUGCGAGUCUCAGGCAGAGGGGUCCUGCUCAGAUUUCUGGGUUGAAUGGAAGUAGUAUGUGUAUUAAAAUAUGAUAUGAACACAUACUCAUGUUCAUACUAUGAUGGAAUACAUUGACAUCGUUUCACCAGCAUCUUGAUGCGCUGUAAGUGCAGCACACUUCAGUCUCUAGUGUCAAGAGGGCCAAUACUGAAAGUAUGCAUCCCAAAGGCCUGGGACCGAUUCCAUGAAGCUUACUUAGUCUUAUAGACUUAUAUCUACAACAUACGUUGUCAUGGUAGUUAAAGGCUUACGUAGCUAGUUGAACUGCAUGAAACCGACCCCUGUUCAUAGAUAUGUAUGUUCCUUAGUUGUAUGACUGAAAAAUAAUCCUAGAUAUGGCUUUUUGGGUUUAGUUUUUAAAUUUGUAUGACACCUAUACCACAAGUAAAAGGCAAGACUGGUUCUCAGCUGGUAUUGUGCAACAUGUAUCCAGGAUAAUUGGGCACACAGUUGGAUUUCUUGUACAGUGUGCAAUUGGUGGCAUAUAACUGGAUGCUUUUAAUUCAGCAAGAGGUUCUUCUUGAUCAGACCUUAUGUAGACUUGUGUAUGUACACGUAGACUGAGAUUUUACAAGUAGACGUUAAAGUUUGGCUGUACUGUGUUCUGAAUUACAAGCACAUCUUGUACUCUGGGACACGCCAUCUUUUCUUUUUGACUUCAAAUGUGUAAAUUCUGUAAAUAUUAUGAAAUAAUGAAUUAUUAUGUCAGUUUGGCCUGACUGAACAGAGAUGUGAAUGAAGUUUUCAUUUACCAACAUGCCUCGUAAUAAACUCUUGUGUACCCCCGAACCAUUCUUGUGAAAUUCCAAAGGGUUGUUAAAGCUGCAGAAUAAGACUUGCAGGAUGAAAGGAUGGGAUCUAAUAUCAACUGGUUUGUGUGUACAUUCCACUCUAUACUCAGCAUUUUUCAUCUCUGUCUUAACUUAUGUUUAUAUAUUUACAGGAAAUUCCGUAGCCAAAACCAUUUCUGUUCUUUCUUUUUUUUUCCGCUCUCGCUAAAACUAGAAUACAUGAUGUACAUUUACAUGUAUUUAUGGAUGUAGAUGCCGAUUCUUGUCCUCACCUGUAACUUGCGUCAGUAGUCCGAUUGUGUAUGUGUGUAGUUUACCACUCUUGGCAAAGUAAUUGUGUAGAAUUGUUCAGAAGAAGGAAAUACUGGUCAUCUCACAUUCCUCUGUUUGGCUGCAGUAGAUGUAUAGUUGACCUUACGGGUAAUGUAUUAAAUAUGUGGAACAGCCCUGAAGACGAAAAAAAAAGAGACACUAGUCAUACGCAUGAACGGAUAUAUUCAAUGUAUUAAUGGAGAACUUGAGCCAGUAAACCAUUAUAAUGGUUCCGGUAGGAGUAGGUCUGUUUGUUUAAUCCUAUUUCUGUUCAAAGCAUUUUGGUUACAAAACAUAUUAAGAAUUUCUUUCUUGUAAACUGCACAGUGGCGCAGAACGACCAAAAUAUAUGACAGAAAAAAAUAACAACAACAAUAAUAAAAAAAGAAACAGGAGUAGAAGGUGUGCGAGAAUCUGCAUAUGCUAAAAAAGACGCAAGGUUGUACAAUGCACCUGUGGUCGUCGUGGUCAUCCAGCUGCCUGGUAAAGCUUUACAUUAUCCUGGAUAAAUAGCUCCAUUCACUUGUGGUGGUGUGAUGUUCUUCUACGUUGCUUAUGUAAGAUUCCUUGUUGUAAGUCCUUGAGUAAUGUCUGAAGAUCUGUUGUAGCACAUACCUAGCUGUUUUCAGUAAGAAAGUGCCAGAAGUGUUCAGAACAAGUGGCAAAGGCAUCAAUUACCUAAUAGUGCUUUAAUGUAAUAUGGCCUUUUUGCUGACCACAGUACAUUGACCUAAACUAAAGGAGAGGCAUCAAAGCAAACUUCCAUAUUUACCCGUUUUAUUGAAAUGUGUGUUGUCUGUUGAAGACUGUCUUGUGAUGGUUAUUUCUUGAUUUAAAAAAAAAUCCUUGUCUUAACUCUUGCAAAUAACAAGGUGUUACAGAUGUGGGAGAAUCGUCAAGUUUUGCUUAAAUUAAGCUAUGCUAGCAGCGAACAAUUUCAGGUUGUGUUCAAGUAAUGCCUAAUUAGAACCAGUUUCUGUAACUUUGAUUUUUUGGAUAUUGUCAUAGUUAAGUUUAUCAGCCAGAUCAAAGCUGAGAACUGGUUCCCCCCGCCUCACCCUUGCAGAAUCAAACGAGGUAAAUACAUCAACUGGUAUUUCAAAAAGAGAAAUGAUAGGCAAAUUCUCUUUCCUUCCUCCCUUGCCCUGUCUCUGCUAUAAAGAUACUCAUUUUCAUUUUUAUUCUAGUGAUUAUGCUGAAAAAUCCGGAAAAUAUCACCUUUUGUUGGUUGUGUUCAAAUGUCUACCCGCCCCACCCCAAACCCCAAAUAUAGGGAUCUUGCCCUUGUUUCACGGAGUUGUAGCCGAUGGUACAGCCAGGAGAGGCGGAGAUUUUGAUCUCGUUUCCACAAGCAAAGGUGCAAUUUCACAUGAACAGUUUUAUACAAACAUAGAACACUUAAAUAAACUUGGCCAAGUCUCAUUAAAUUGACUUGUAGUUACGCCGUGUGUGAGUUUAAUAAAUUCCAGUGUUUAUUAUAACAAUUUUAGCAUUUUCAUGCAUAUACUUUGUUUAUCAGCUAGUUUUUCUUUGUUAAAUGUCUGACAGAUUUUGGAUAACUCGGUUAAGCCCUAUGGAGUGAAGUAUGUGAUAGGUGUCAUGUAAUUAGUAUUAAAAGUGAUUUGUUUCCACAGUUUGAA